AUGUCCGCUGCCACAAAAAAGCCGCCUGCUGCCACCGGCGGCCGAACAUCCCUCGAACCUGGCUCCUCACCCAGCCCGACGCCAUCCCGGCCUCUACACCGUCAUUCCGCCUCCGUCUCCAGUCCGGGUGCCCUUGCUCGCUCGAGGUCCCUUCGCACCGGCACACCAGUCUCCGCCCGUGCCGCCGCCGCCGCCACCGCCGGCCGCAGAGAGUCCAUGCUGGGGAGUAACAGCACCUCCUCCUCCCUCCCUUCGCCCGACUUCGACGAAGACACCCGCGCCGCCCUCGUCGCCCAGCUCGACGACGUCAAGGACCGCCUAUCCAAGGCCGAGCUUGCCUCGGAACAAUACCGCCGGCAGGCCGAGGUGCUGCAGUCCCGCUUCGACGAUGCCAGGGAGGAGUCGGCCAAGCUGGAAGAGAAGGUCCACGAACACGAGGAGCUGAUCGAGACGCUGCGCAACGAGAAGAGAGAGAUUUCCCGCCAGGUGCGCGAGAUGGAGGCCAUCUACGAGGCCGAGCGCAGCGCCAUGACCCGCGAGAAGGAGGAUAUGGCCAACCGUGAGGAGGAGAUGCAGAUGGUUAUCCAACGACUCAAGGAUAGUCUCGCCCAGAAGGCCAACAGUGACGAAGAGGGCAGGCCCUCCAGGCAGACACAAUCGCCCUCCGUCGAUGGAGGUUUCGCCCCGCCCUCCUCCCUCCACCGCAGCGAUUCCCGCAGCAGCUCUAAACUCGUCCUGCAAAAAGACAAGCUCAUCGAAUCCCUUCGACUGGAGCUGGCCGAGGCUCAGAUUAAGCUCGUCGAGGCGCAGAAUUCGGGCGGCGGCCGUGUCCACGAGGUCGAGAAGCAGCUGAUGGAGGCUCGCAUGGCCAAUGCCCGCCUCAUGGAGGACAACGAGAGCUACCAGCUUCUCCUGCAAGAGAAGACCCUCAACGGCGAUUUCUCCAAGAACGAUUUCAGCUACAUGGGGAGCGCCGCCGCGAACCAGGAUGCCCUGAACGCCCUCGAAGGCCGCCAGGGCGGCACCAGCCUCGCCGACGAGCUGUCCGACUCGGAAGCGGCCGACAACACCAACAACGAGGAGUACCGCCGCCUCGAGACCGAGCUCAAAACCGCCAAGGACCAGAACAAGGCCCUGACCCUCUACAUCAACAAGAUCAUCGAGCGCCUGCUCCAGCAUCAGGACUUUGAGCACAUCCUGGACCAGACCGCCGACGUGAAGCCCGCCGCGCCGGCGAACACGAAUAAGGACCUCCCGCCUCCGCCGUCGGAAAAGCCCUCGGCCGCCGGCCCUUCCGUCCUGCAACGUGUCAAGUCCAUUGCUAUCGGCACCGGAAAGCCACGCCCGAGACCCAUGUCCAUCAAUCCCACCGCCGCCGCCCCAUCCUCUUCCGCCCACGAGGAUCCCGACACAGCCCCACGCAUCCCCAUCGGCAACCUGACCCGCAACACCAGCACCCGCCGCGCCAGCCGGCCGAUGAGCGAACAGUUCGGCCCCGUAGCCGCCAGCCUCGUGAACCAGAUGUACCGAGGCCCGCUCGAGAGCCCCACGUCCCCAACCCUCGGGACCCCACGCCACUCGCAGACCUUCUUCAUGGGCGCCAGCGCCAGCGCCAACCCCCGCCAAUCGAUCGGCAGCACGGUGGGAACCCCGCACCACCACCAGUCCACCGGGAACUACCCCGGCAUGCGGAGCGAAACGAGCAGCACCAGCGGCGACUCGGCCUCCGUCGUCGGCGCGGGGGAUGCAUCCACCCCCCCUCCCCAGGUCAGCCCGCCGCGGAGCCACCACGAUAAGCAGACGACGUUGGCCGGUAACAAGCCGCGUCCGCUGCGCCUGGUGCAGGAGGCCGAGACGAAGACCGAGCCGGCGAACAAGCGGUCCAGCUGGAUGGGCUGGGCCAGCGGAUGGGCCGCACAAAAGAAGGAACCCGAAGCUGGGACCUCGGGUGUGGGUCAAGCUUUGCCGGAGUAG